CAUUUUUUGCCUGUAUGGGAGCCCUUCCCCCUUCAGCAUCUUCAGCAGGACAGUGAAGACGAAAAGCUGGAGCGGGACAACGGAUGCCAAUCGGAAGGAGACCUCACCGAAAAUGGCCUCGCCGCGAACAGUCACCAUUGUCGCCCUCUCCUUUGCACUGGGGCUCUUUUUCGUGUUCAUGGGCACGAUUAAACUCACCCCAAGAUUAAGCAAAGACGCCUACAGUGAGAUGAAAAGAGCAUACAAGAGUUACGCCAAGGCUCUUCCGGCGCUGAAAAAGAUGGGCGUUUCUUCAGUGCUUCUACGCAAGAUCAUUGGUACUCUUGAGGUGGGAUGUGGAAUAGUUCUGACCCUCGUGCCGGGGAGACCCAAAGACGUGGCCAACUUUAUUCUGCUGCUGGUCAUGCUGGCCGUGCUUUUCUUCCACCAGCUGGUCGGGGAUCCUCUAAAACGCUACGCCCACGCUCUGGUAUUCGGGAUUUUGCUGACGUGUCGACUGCUCAUCGCUCGGCAGGCUGAGGAUCGUCCCGAGCGAGAGGAGAGACGAGAAGAGCAGAUCAACGCCCAGGAAAAGAACAAAGUCAAAGUUUCGUAGCUUCAUCGUUUCCGCGCAGGAGAUCCGCAUUUCUCUGAUGGUAGAAAAGAUGCUCGGAGGAAGACAAAAAAAAAACGACAGUAGUCCCAAAAGGUGAUUUAUGUCCCACAGCUACAUAUCAGAAGCCAGAAAAAUGAAUCCGUUCUCAUGUUAUCUUUACCUCAUGUUUCAAUUGUAAAUCUAAAAAUACAAUACGGACAGUCACCAUUGAGGCAACUGUUUUGACUGCGGGUUUGCAGUGAAAGAUUAAACUACUGUUAUUCCCUGCUGCCUGUAUUUAUUAUUAUUUUUAUUUUUAUUUAUGCCCUCAUUAAAGGGAUAGUUCACCAAAAACUGGAACUUUAGUCAUUGUUUACUCUCUCUUGUUAAACAACAACAAAAAAAAAGAAUAUACUUUGAAAAAUGGUGAGAUAUAUCCAGCUGCAGACCCGCAGACCCACACACGUUUCAGCACACACAAUCUAGGCAGAGGCAAACCAUAUAUGGUUAAUGACAGAUCAGGCUUUUUUUCUUGUCUUGCGAUGACUAAAGCCUGGCUCACACUGAGAUUUAUUAUAAUCCUGAACGAUUGUAGCAUGUCGGACUGCAUGAAUAUGGCUCUCAUGUCAGGCUGUAACAUCUCAGCUGUCAUAACGUCAGACUGAACGCCAGUGAAGAUGCACCAAACACGGAAGAAAACUUCUGGAGUCUAACGACAUCCACCUGUGACACUUUCAAUAUCCCGCGUUCUGAAAUGAUUCCUCACAGCAAACGUAAACAACCUGUAGCGGCAAUUCUGCACACAGCGAGUCUCAAUAAUAAAACCAGGAAGAAAAAAACUGUUUUGACAUUUCCCCGCCGUCAUUUGAGAUGUCGCAUGAAUCGCGUCAUCAGAUUCGGAGCUCCUAUUGGCUCUUGGAUUGACGCUCAUCGCAGCUGUUGUCACACUGCAGGAAAGUGUCUGAAAUCUUCUGACUCUGGCAGAACUUCAUCGGAGGGAAAAUCUGAUCGCAGCGGGCACUAAGCGGCUGUCAGUGAACAUGUCAAACCAAUGAUCAAAGACCACAGAUUUUAGCCUAGGAUUUCCCAAAUUCGUCUCAGAUGACAAAAUUGCUGCUGAAAUCUCACAGUGUGAGCAGGGCUUAAAGCCGCCUUUCCACUGCACACGACAAGAGACAGACCAGAAGUCAUUCAUUUCCAUUGGAGAGUAGUCUGGCAGCUGCGUGGAGUUCUGACCAUCUCCGUAUGCGGAAAAUUCAGAUCCAAUUUGAGCUGCGAAUUCGUUAAAAUAUUUGAACUGACUAGACUGUAUGCGAUGUAUUGCAGUUUUGUCCAAGCAGGUCCGUGUGCGCGAGAUGAGAAAUACUAGAGAUGAGAAAUAGUAGUAGAAAAACAUUUCUAUGCAUAAAUGAGUAAUAGAAAUAUUUUUGGUAAUGUUGUCUCCACAUUCACUCCAAAAUAUUUAGCGGUUUCUGCUGCGUAAUAACAUAUGCUGGAUAAGUUGGCGGUUCAUUCCCCUGUGGUAACCCCUGAUUAAUAAAGGGACUAAGCCGAAAAGAAAAUGAAUGAAUAAAAAUAUAUUGAUGAUUAGGUCCGAGAAGACGUUAAUAACAAUAACAUUUAUCGUAACCAUAUGGUUCAGCCCUGCUUAGACUGUGUGUCCUGGAUUGUGUGUGCUGAAACGUGUGUGGGUCUGCUGUAUAUUAUUGAA